CCCUCGCCACCCGCCUGCGGCAUGGCGCUGCUCGCCGCCUGGCUGUGCGUCGCCCUGAGUGUCGGCAAGGCGCUGGGGGAACAGGGCGACGGCGGGGACCUCUACUCGGAAAACAUCACUCGGAUCCUCGACAAGCUGCUGGACGGCUACGACAACAGGCUGCGGCCGGGCUUUGGAGGCGCCGUCACGGAGGUCAAGACGGACAUCUACGUGACCAGCUUCGGGCCCGUGUCCGACGUGGAGAUGGAGUACACAAUGGAUGUUUUCUUUCGUCAGACAUGGACUGAUGAGAGGUUGAAAUUUGGUGGGCCAACUGAAAUUUUGAGGUUGAACAAUUUAAUGGUCAGUAAAAUCUGGACACCAGACACGUUUUUUAGAAAUGGAAAAAAGUCAAUUGCUCAUAAUAUGACUACUCCUAACAAACUUUUCAGAAUUAUGCAGAAUGGAACUAUUCUUUACACAAUGAGACUUACCAUUAAUGCUGAUUGUCCUAUGCGGUUGGUGAACUUCCCAAUGGAUGGGCACGCUUGUCCUUUGAAGUUUGGAAGCUAUGCCUAUCCAAAAAGUGAAAUAAUUUAUACGUGGAAGAAAGGACCCCUCUAUUCAGUAGAAGUACCACAGGAGUCUUCCAGUCUCCUCCAGUAUGACCUCAUAGGACAAACUGUGUCUAGUGAAACAAUUAAGUCUAACACAGGUGAAUACGUAAUCAUGACAGUUUAUUUCCACUUGCAAAGGAAGAUGGGCUACUUCAUGAUACAGAUAUAUACUCCUUGCAUUAUGACAGUCAUUCUUUCUCAGGUGUCUUUCUGGAUUAACAAGGAAUCUGUUCCAGCCAGAACAGUUUUUGGUGAAUAUUCACUUCAGCUGCUCUAUUUCCAUCUCCAAAGGAAAAUAGGCUACUAUCUCAUUCAGACAUACAUUCCAUGCAUCAUGACUGUAGUCCUAUCUCAGAUUGUGUUCUGGAUCAACAAAGAAUCUGUUCCAGCAAGAACCGUGGCUGGGAUCACUACAGUUCUAACGAUGACCACUUUAAGCAUCAGUGCACGCCACUCUUUGCCCAAGGUGUCCUAUGCUACUGCCAUGGAUUGGUUCAUAGCUGUGUGCUUUGCCUUUGUCUUCUCUGCACUUAUCGAGUUUGCAGCUGUCAACUACUUUACCAAUCUUCAGACUCAGAGAGCAAUGAGGAAGGCAGCCAGGGCAGCAGCACUGGCAGCAGCACUAUCAGCAGCAACUGUACCGGCAGAGGACGAGAUUGUCUCGCAUUCUGACUCCAACUGUAAUCUGAAGAAGCGAGUAAACUCUGUAGCCUCUCAGGCAGAUCAAUCUCCUGAAGCCAGCAUAAUAUCAGAUAUUACAUCCCAGUGCCAACCAAUGUCUGUUGCUCCACCGGCUCUGCCGCCACCACCACCACCUGUUGGAGGAACAAGUAAAAUAGACCAAUAUUCUAGGAUCCUCUUUCCAGUGGCAUUUGCAGGAUUCAACCUGGUAUACUGGGUGGUUUACCUUUCAAAAGACACUAUGGAAUUUUUUGAACCAACAGCAAUGCAUCUUCGAAAUGAUCAUCAGUCCAACUGA